AUGUCAACUGGGGGUCAUCAUCUCAAAGAUGAAGGGACCAAGCGACAGGUGGUACUUGCUGGCGGAGCCGCAGGGCUGAUCUCGCGCUUUUGCAUUGCGCCGCUCGAUGUCGUCAAGAUCCGCCUGCAGCUGCAGAUUCACUCCCUGUCGGACCCGGUCUCACAUCGGACGGUGGUCGGUCCCGUAUACAAGGGAACGCUGUCAACAAUGCGGGACAUUGCGAUGCAAGAGGGGAUUACGGGUCUAUGGAAAGGCAACAUACCCGCCGAGAUGAUGUACGUGUGCUACGGAGCCCUCCAAUUCACCGCAUACCGAGCGACAACCCAAGCGCUGGAACAAUUGGGUCCGUACCGACUUCCGCAAUCCGCCGAAUCUUUCGUAUCAGGUGCCUUAGCCGGCGGAAUCGCAACGGCGACGACAUACCCGCUCGAUCUACUCCGCACACGCUUUGCCGCACAGGGAACGGAACGCAUUUAUCGAUCUCUGGGAUCGUCGGUGCUAGAGAUCGCACGGCAAGAGGGUGCCGCCGGGUUCUUCCGGGGAUCCUCAGCGGCCGUCGUGCAAAUUGUACCAUAUAUGGGAUUGUUUUUCACAGCAUACGAGGGCUUCCGACCAACAAUGGCCAAGUGGGAUUCUUUACCGUUUGGGACUGGCGAUGCCGCGGCCGGUGUUUUGGCUAGCGUCAUUGCGAAGACCGGCGUGUUUCCCUUGGACUUGGUACGGAAGCGUUUGCAGGUGCAAGGCCCAACACGGACUCGAUAUGUGCAUCGCAACAUACCUGAAUACACUGGAGUCAUACAGUCCAUCAAUCUGAUAUUGCGCACGCAGGGCGUGCGCGGGUUGUACCGCGGGUUGACUGUCAGCUUGCUCAAGGCGGCGCCGGCCAGUGCCGUGACCAUGUGGACCUACGAGCGGGUUUUGAAAUUGCUUCAGGAGACACAGCUGGCGGCACUGGAUUAA